AUGGACGGCGAGAAGAUGGAGUUCGGCAAGGAAAGCGACUACUUCCCUUUCCACUUUUUCCCUCCCUCCAAGCCCCUACCCCCCGCUCAGGGACCAACUGGCGCUGGCGCCAAAAUGAGCUUGAGCUUGGAUGUCUUCCCGGGGCCGGGGGCUGGGGACAAGGGCGCUAACUCCGGAAGCGGUGUCUUGGCAUUUGCGACAACAAAGCAAGUACCCACGCUUAAAGAGAAGGAUUUGUCGCGACUGGUGGAGGAGGAGAGCGACUACAACAUGUCGGGGCAGGAAGAUUCUGUGGAGCAGAUCAGGCGAGACCGCGACGAAUACAAGGAGUCACUUGAUCGCGAAUACGACCGAUACGGCAAUCUUGAGUCGCAGCACGAGCGACUCAAGGAAUCACUCGCAAAGUCCAACAACGACCUCGCCAAUCUACGACACCAGCGCGACAACACCAGUUUUCAGCUCGAUCAAAGCACCUCGCUGCUUGCGCAAGAGCAGGAGAAGAUCCACACCCUCGAGACGCGCAACGCAAAACUUGCCCAAGAGCUCCAGAAGAACGAGACCGCCCUCAGCGAGGCCCGCAAGCAGAUCGAGAACCUCCACGCCGACGUCCAGCAAGCGCAACAAAAUGUCAGAGCCGCCCUCGCCGACCGCGACGAGUACAAGGUGGAGCUCGAAGACUUGAACUUGCAGUUCAAGGAUCUAACUGCGCAAUGGCAGGAAGGCAUGGAAACUAUCGCCGAGCUCAAGGAGACACUCGAAGAGCACAUCAACUUUGAGGAGAAGAACAAUCUCCAGGGCGACAUCGCUGAGGCCAACGCCGAGCAUGAGCGCAUUCUACGGGUCGUCGAAGUCAAGGACGAGCGCAUCAGCCACCUCGAGUCGCUGUUGCAGAAGGAGAUUGAGCGCAACCGUCACGAGCUCGACGAGAGGGCUCGAGCCGCCGCUGCUUCGCCCGUCGACGAUGACCGCCACAUCGGCAGCAUGGAGGAUACCCUUGAAGCAGAGCUCGAGAACUCCGGGAUCAACGACGAUGAUUGGAUCGCAGCCGAUGCCAGCGACUACGAGCCUUAUGUGCCAUCGUCUGCCUCCGAGAUCCACGUAGCCGCCAGCGUCGAACCGCGCGACCCAUCGCCAACAUCGCUGUCCACCAGCCCCGUUCACCAGGCCGCCAGCACCGAGCCCGAGGCUGCGAAGUCGCCCAUACAAACCGUCGACAUCCGCGAAGCUGCCAGCACCGAGCCCGAGACCGCGAGGUCGCCUAUACAAACGCUUGAGGUGCGCGAAGCCGCCAGCAGCCCGCCCGCUGAGCCAGCGCGCAUUCCGCUCUCCUUCUACAACGUGCGCGACAUCUUCAACUACGCCCCGGAGCAGCCUGUUGGUGCGGUCUUGACUACCAGCACGCCGACUGCCAUCAGCACCGCGCCCAUCGAACCCACUCGCGUUCCGUACUCCCUCGACGACGUGCGCCGUGUCUUCAGCUAUACGCCCAUAGAGCCUGCUGGUUCGCCUUUGGCCCUCAGCCCGCAGAAUAUCACCAGCACCGAGCCCGUCGACGCCGCUCGCGCUGGACUUUCUUUGUACGGUGUACAAGACGUAGCCAACUAUGCGCCUGUGGUGCCUGCUGAGGCGCGUUUCGCCAUGUACGAGGAAGAGAUUACGAGCGUUUCACCCCACAGUCCUGUGUCUGUUGCCUCGACACUUUUUGGAGACGAGAUCGCCAACUUUGCGCCAAGAGAGCCCGCCGUUCCUACACUCGCGCUGAGCCCAACUGGAUCUGUCAGUACCAGUCCAGUUGCGCGUCAGAACUCCACCGCCGAGCUUUCUACCCAAACUGACGCACCCGCAACCACCACCGAUUUCUCCGUGCAGACCGACGCACCUGCGCUCACGAGCCAAGUUCUUCCUCAGGCAGCUCUCGAGACGACGCCCGUCGAACCCAACACCCAGGUUGCCAUCGCCAAGCCUACCAACCGCAUCACUCCCGUCAUGGUCACCCGCGAAGUCAAACCCGUCGAGCAGGCCCUCCACCAGCCCGAACAUCAGCGCCCAGUCGCAGCUUCGUCCAAGAAGAUUGGAUUUAUGGCAUGGAUCCCCUGGUUGGUCGCGAUCCUUGUGGCGCUUUACGCACUCGUCCAAGAGGCCGAGCUAGCUGCGUGGAAGAACGCGAACGGUGUCGGUUUCGGUGGCGGCUACGGAAACGUGGCUACUCGCAGUGGAGCUUACGGCAAUGGUCGCCACCUUUUCGGCGUCAUUCCCAUCGGUAUGGACAUUGGCGGUUCGUGGGUGUCCGAACAGAUUGCGCGACGCAUGUCUGCGGCCAUCUCUCUCCUCGAGGACUUGGCUGGUAUCCCGGUCGAGCCUCAUUACUGA